AGGGAUCGUGAAGAAGGCAACGGAGGGUAUCCCUCCCUCUGCAACAUUUUCCAUCCACCGACUUUUGAUGCCGACUGGUCAGUGCUCUCACGGUGUAACCUUAACCACCCUUUUCCCUCCAUUCUCUCCCGCUCUCUCUUCACAGUCUCUCUCUCCCCUUUCCUCUUCACCGUUCUUCUCCCCCCAUAAAUUCAGGUAUGGACCCUAAAGUUUUCAUAUUUUGAGGUGCUGUUCCCUUGUCCAAGUAGCUGCCUGGUGCGUCCAGUGGUCGGUCGAAUUUCAGUCCUUUGCGUUCAUCCAUGGCCAGAGGUCCUGCUGCUUCUCUGCUUAGAAUUUAUUGUUCAAGGAAGGGUAGUUCUGGAGCUAGAGGUGUCUUGUUGAGUAGAUGUUUCGGCUCGGUUGGGCAACCAGGCCUGCUUGCGCCCCGGAUUCAUUCUCUUGAUGUGCCAAAUCAUCUGUCUUCGAGGAGUUCGAUAACCGCAGCUCCCCUUGAUUUAUUCAAUGGAUAUGGCAGGUUUUUGGGUCCUUUUUUUGUCGAUGCAAGAACCUUUUGUUCAUUGAUUGAGAACCGGGAGGAUAAAGAGGAUGGAUCGAUUCCUGACUCGGAGUUAGCUCUAAGAGAAAUUGAAGAUAGCAUUGAGCUCGAGGAGGGAAUUGUUUCUGAAGAGAGUAAAAAUGUGUGUUGUGCCCAUGUAGAGUCGCGCGAUCCCGUUGAAUUGUUUCGUGAGCUUUGUGAUGCCGAGAAGGCGGCAAAGUUUAGCCGGUCCGAUUACGAGACCUUAAUGGAGGUAUUCUAUAGCUUCUCCAAUUCAGGUUGGGCUUCUGAUCAGGCACUCGCUAUUUACAUUGGCCGGGCAUUCUUUCCCACUGCAGUUAUCAAGUUCCGCGCCUUCUUCUUGAAGAAAUGUUCAGCAGAUAUUGCUGGUUACUUAGUAAGGCUCAGCCCAACCGAUGAUGCCAUUAAGUUCUUGUUUCCCAUCUUUGUUGAGUUCUGUUUAAAGGAAUUUCCCAAUGAGAUCAGGCAAUUUAAGAGCAUGGUCACAUCGGCGGACUUGACAAAGCCCCAUAUGUGGUUCCCCUUCGCACGGGCAAUGAAGCGUAAAAUAAUUUACCACUGCGGUCCCACCAAUAGCGGGAAAACCUACAAUGCCCUUCAAAGGUUCAUGGAGGCAAAGAAGGGAAUUUACUGCAGCCCUCUGAGGUUACUGGCAAUGGAAGUUUUCGAUAAGGUGAAUGCUUUAGGUGUUUACUGUAGUCUCCUCACUGGACAGGAGAAGAAGCAAGUGCCCUUCUCGAACCACGUCGCGUGCACAGUCGAGAUGGUGUCCACUGAUGAUUUGUAUGAUGUGGCAGUGAUUGAUGAGAUUCAGAUGAUGGCGGACUCGUGCAGGGGCUAUGCAUGGACACGGGCUCUACUCGGACUCAAGGCGGACGAGAUCCACAUGUGCGGGGACCCUAGCGUGUUAAAUAUCGUGAGGAAGAUUUGCUCUGAUACAGGUGAUGAGCUGCACGAGUGCCACUAUGGGAGGUUCAAGCCGCUUGUGGUUGAAGCAAAGACUUUGUUAGGGGAUUUAAAGAACAUUCGCUCUGGUGAUUGUGUGGUGGCAUUCUCUCGGAGAGAGAUAUUCGAGGUGAAGCUUGCAAUUGAGAAACACACGGACCAUCGGUGCUGUGUUAUCUAUGGUGCCCUCCCACCUGAGACCCGGAGACAGCAGGCGAAUUUAUUUAAUGAUCAAGAUAAUGAGUAUGACGUGCUAGUUGCAAGUGACGCGGUGGGGAUGGGCUUGAACCUUAAUAUCAGGAGAGUAGUUUUUUAUGGGUUAACAAAGUAUAAUGGGCAAAAGAAUGUUCCUGUCCCAUCUUCUCAGGUUAAGCAGAUAGCUGGGAGAGCAGGGAGGAGAGGAAGCAUAUACCCCGAUGGGCUCACGACAACCCUACAUCUGGAUGAUUUGGAAUACUUGAUUCAGUGCUUGAAGGAACCCUUUGAGGAGGUCAAGAAAGUGGGCCUCUUCCCAUUCUAUGAGCAGAUCGAGCUUUUUGCUGGGCAGCUCCCAAACUUAACGUUCUCCCAGCUCCUCGAGCAGUUCCGUGAGAACUGCCGCCUCGAUGGUUCUUACUUCUUUUGCCAGCAUGAUCACAUAAAGAAGGUUGCGAACAUGUUGGAAAAGGUCAAAGGUCUGUCCCUUGAGGAUCGUUUCAACUUCUGUUUUGCACCUGUCAAUAUUCGGGAUCCUAAGGCAAUGUACCAUCUCCUACGGUUCGCUUCCUCAUACAGCCAGAAUUUGCCAGUUAAUAUCGCAAUGGGAAUGCCUAAAGGAUCUGCAAGGAAUGACACAGAACUGUUGGACCUUGAAACAAGACAUCAGGUUGUGUCCAUGUAUCUUUGGUUGUCUAACCACUUCAAGGAGGAAACAUUCCCCUAUGUGAAAAAGGCUGAGGAGAUGGCAACAAAUAUAGCAGCCUUGUUGGGCCAAUCUCUCAUAAAGGCAAACUGGAAACCAGAGUCGAGGCAGAUGAGGAAACCAAAGCCUGAAGGGAAAAAGUCUGAAGAGGGGGAUGGGGAUGAGAAACCCAGUUAUGAGAGGCCGAGGUCAAUUGCCAAGUUAUUCGAUAGUAAGAGGCAGAGUAGCUAUACGCCAAACAGGGAUGCAAGAAAAGUAGCUGCAUUGUAAAUCUAGCAGGUUAUACAUUAUAUCUCACUCUCUAUGCACAAAUAUUGAUCUUCGUUUUCAAUAGGCAACUAUAUACCAGAAAUGUAGUUUGUGAAAGUAACGCACUUGUAUUCUGGGUUAGAGAAUACAAUGCCUCAAUAGGUGAAGUUCUGAAUUUCGCUCUUCCAUGAAGGCGGUUUCAGCUGCAGAGGAAUGCAGUUUGGGGCCUGAUCAUCUGACACCGUUGUGGGUUAUACUAUCUGUACACUGCCUGUGCAGUGGGUUCAAGCACACUAAGACAGCUCCAUGUGAUCAAAUGGACCAGUAGAGGAUGAUCAUUUAGUCUUCGGGAACUGCAAAAUAAAAUGAGCAGCUGUCAGUCUCUGAAGAUGCUUAUCCAAGUACACUUGUAGUCAGAAAAGGGGAUUCCGAUGAGCGGCGCCCAUGUAGGCGUGCAGUGCAUGAGUAAAGGCCGUUCAUCCUGUGCUAUAGCAGUGGAGUUGUUCGACUGUAUUUUCUGUUAGGUUUUUUCCUUUUCUUGCAGGAAUAGGGAUUAGGGAAUUUUCUUUACUCUUUCUUCCUUGGUGUGGGUUAACAUAAUCUCUCCCUGGGAAUUUUGGAACGCCUAGUACAGAACGUAAUCUAUAUAUCUUGUAAUUUUUGAAUUAAAAACAUUCUUUUUGGAAAUUAAUCUUCUGUGCACCGAUGAGUUAAACACUGAA